GUGCGCUUUCAGCUGCUCAAUUAUUCCCGGUUAACACAACCACGUGCAAUUUAACCAUGGUUAAACAUAUCCUAACCCAAAUCCACGCUAUAAAUAAAAUACACCAGAACCAGAUAGAAACACUAACCAUGUCUCGGGGUUUCCCUCAAGUGUUUCUCUCUCUAAACGCACGCGUUUCGGUGUUGAUUGUUCUCUCUCUAACCCUCAGCUUGUGAUCCGUCCUGUCCAAUUCAGGAGAUAUCAAUAUCUGAGAGAGUGAGAGAGAGAGAUUGAAAGACACUCCAGUCCCGUCUCCCAUCGAAACUUCACAUCCGUGGCGGUUUAGUGCUCCUAGUCGGAGUCGAUGCUUCCACUGAGUUGUUCUUUUGACUUUUGUUAUCGUUCUCUGUUCGGAAAAAUAAAAAAACUCCUGGUUAAUUGGCUUUCUUUCUCUACACUGAAAAGUAGAUAUUCAUUCUCGAAGAUGAGAACCGUCUCAAAGCCCAGAGUCGCCGUGGUUUUGGUUCUACUUAUCUCCGUGGUGCUAUUAUUCAUGCUUAUUGUUUCCACAGCCGUAGAUUACAGUGAAGGUCGAUCCAUGGGAUCCAGCCAGCCAGUCUCCAAGGGAGGAAAAUCGACUCUAUUUGGUCCACACCGAAAGCUUCUUAGACGCUCAUUGGCAGUGGACGAACCUGAUAGAAUAUGGGGAGAUAAGUGUACGAAGGCCGAUAUUGUGAUAAACCAAGGAGCCACAGCUCCUCUUCCAAGCGGCAUACCUACCUACACUGUUGAGAUUAUGAACGUGUGCGUCACCGGCUGUGAUAUCUCUGGGAUUCACUUUUACUGUGGCUGGUUUAGUUCUGCUCGCCUCAUCAACCCCAAGAUUUUCAAGCGCAUUCUCUACAAUGAUUGCCUUGUCAACGAUGGGAAGCCCUUGGUCAAUGGGGGCACACUUUCAUUUCAGUAUGCCAAUACUUUCCUUUACCCACUCUCGGUCUCUUCUGUGGUCUGUUCCUGAACAGUAAGAAAAUUUACGAUAACGAGCAACACUAACACGACAUAUAUAGAAUCUACUUAACUUUUUACAUUUUUCUGUCAGUUGAUUUCUUGUGGAGACAAUGGGAAGUUCUGUACCAAUGUAAGGUGUAUUGAAUUCAGCAGGCUGGGGAAAGACUUGGGAACUUCCUUGGGGGUAGCCAUUUGUACAAACGUAGUUUUAUACCAUUGAAUAUGCUUAGCGGAUGUGGGAGAUUGAUUACAGGAAUUUUUCUUUUUCUUUUUCGUGUUCGUGUUGACAAGUAUGUAGGGAAAUUAUUC